AUGUUUCUGAAAGUUGCCAUCGAGGAUCCUCAUGGCUUGAACUUGCGUCCACUUUUGUCGUUUUCUCAUGUCAAGCUCGAGGAGCAGGUUCAGAAGGUCAUCACCAAGUUCCCUAAGCCCACGCCGAUUCAGGCCGCCUCCUGGCCAUUUUUGCUUAGUGGAAAUGAUGUUGUAGGUGUUGCUGAGACCGGUUCUGGUAAGACUUUUGCUUUUGGUGUGCCAGCCGUAAACAGCAUCAUCAAAGAGAACAAGAAGGGCCUCAAGGUCCUUUGUCUUUCGCCCACCAGAGAAUUGGCCCUUCAGAUCUACGACAACUUGGUCGAUUUGACGAAGUCUUCUGGCAUCUCUUGUGUGGCUGUGUACGGUGGUGUGAGCAAGCAGGAUCAGGUUGACAAGAUAAAGAACGCAGGUAUUGUGGUCGCUACGCCCGGUAGAUUGGUCGAUUUGCUUGAAGACGGUCUGAUAGACUUGUCCUCGAUCGAUUAUUUGGUGCUUGAUGAAGCCGACAGAAUGCUUGAUAAAGGGUUCGAAGAGCACAUCAAGCAGAUCAUUGGCCUGUGUCCUCCAAGAGAGAAACGCCAGACAUUGAUGUUCACAGCCACUUGGCCAAAGGAGGUGAGAGAAUUGGCUUCUGCGUUCAUGACUUCGCCCGUGAAAGUUACCAUUGGAGAGAGAGAUGAGCUCUCAGCCAAUAAGAGAAUCACCCAGAUAGUAGAGGUGAUGGAGCCCAGAGAGAAGGAGAGAAAGCUCAUACAGUUGAUCAGGAAGUACCAGUCUGGACCUAAGAAGGACGACAAGAUUCUCAUUUUUGCCUUGUACAAAAAAGAGGCCUCCAGAGUAGAACUAUCUUUGCAAAGAAGCGGUUUCAACGUUGCGGCUAUCCAUGGUGAUCUUUCCCAGCAGCAAAGAACAGCUGCCCUCAAUGCUUUCAAGAAUGGCGAGUCAAACUUAUUAUUGGCUACUGAUGUUGCUGCAAGAGGUCUCGAUAUCCCCAAUAUGAAGGUUGUGAUCAACUUGACCUUUCCUCUUACAGCGGAAGACUACGUCCACAGAAUUGGUAGAACUGGUAGAGCUGGACGGACAGGUACUGCUCAUACGCUAUUCACCGAGCACGAGAAGCACUUGAGCGGUGCUUUGAUCAACAUCUUACGUGGCGCCAACCAGCCUGUGCCAGAUGAAUUGCUCAAAUUCGGUGGCCACACCAAGAAAAAGACACACUCAGUAUACGGUGCUUUUUACAAGGAUGUCGACAUGUCGAAGACAUCUAAGAAAAUCAAGUUCGAUGAUUAG